AUGCCUUGCAGGCUGAAAGCUUGCAGACCUCUCGGUGGAUCUCUAGCGCAACAAUAUGAAGCUAGCAAACCGAUUGUUGCGAGGCACAAAGAAAGUAUGCUGAUACUACACACGGCUCCUGAGGUGAUGUCAUUGAGCGCUGUGCCGGGCUUCGGUUGUACCGUCAGCAAAAUGAGCAAACCAAAGGCGCUGAGUAGAGAGAACGAAGAGAGUACUAUGUAA